AUGGCCACUUUUGACGAAGCAAGCCUAGCGAAAUUGACCGCCAAGAUCGACAGCAGGCUUGCUGUACCUACAAAGCCCCCAGGCAAGAAGGACCCAGGCAAGAAGGACCCAGGCAAGAAGGACCACGGCAAGAAGGACCACGGCAAGAGGAAACGCGAUCCGACAGUCGAUUCGUCUCAGGCCCGGCCGAAUAAGAGAACGAAUACCUCGAAUCCCGAUAAGGCUAAAAACACCCACAAGAAUGCUCCAAAAGCAAAGAGCCACAAGCCGAACGCCGCUCCCGCGAAAGCCACAUCCAAUGCCUUCCUGGAUGAGAUCAGAGCCCUAGGUGGAGAUGAGGACGACUUGAAGCUGGUGGGGGAUGUAGACUCUGACGAUGAAGAGCUCCGCAAUGACAAGGGAAAGAAAGAUACCGACAAGAGUUUACAGGCCGAGCUAGCCAAAUUUGCUGCCGGCCUUGGCUUCGAGAACGUGAACCCGGAGUCGGAGACUGAAGAGUCUGAUGAUAACAUGGACGCCCCCGACGACGUGGACGAUGGUGGCGGCGAGGAUCGACAGUCAGCCACGCCGGAACCGAACCCGGACAAAAUGCCCCUGAGAGACCCGAAAAGGAAGACGGCCUUCGAGCCCCGCCCUGACUGGCAUGCUGCCGGUUUAAGAACGCUCCCAACGCCGGCUUCUGACGACGUAACGCCGUAUGCAGCCGCGAUAGCCGGGUUGAAGGCAUACGCCAAGUCCGUCUUGGAGGAAGAUAGCACUGCGUAUAACAAGACUUUAUCCGCAUCCUCGUCGCACAAAUUCAUGUCUACCAUCAUGUCCUCCGGUACCAUGUCAGAUAAAGUCUCUGCCCUAACCUUAGCCAUCCAGGAAUCACCAGUUCAUAACAUCAAGGCCCUAGAGACUUUGAUGGGGUUAGCAGCAAAAAGGAGUCGCGGACAGGCUAUUUCCGCCCUUUCCGCCCUAGUCGACCUUCUCGGGCCCGGGAUGAUCCUGCCGUCAGACAGGCGGUUACGCCCCUUCCCUUCGCAGUUGGGCCUCAUUGGGACUCUACAGAAGCAGGGCCUGAGAACUUGGUCGGUCGGCCGGGAACUUCCAGGCAGAAUCACCAAAGAGCACUUGAUCUCGUGGAUUUUUGAGGACUGGCUGAAAGAGGCGUAUUUCAAGGUAAUCCAGAAUCUGGAGGUAUGGUGCGACGACGAAGUCGAUUACGCCCGCACCAAAGCUAUCGACCUGGUGUACGCCUUGCUACGAGAUAAGCCCGAGCAAGAAUCCAAUCUCCUCCGCCUUCUUGUGAACAAGCUUGGCGACCGCGAGCGCAAGAUCGCCUCGAGGGCCUCGUACCUACUUCUCCAGCUCUUGAAUACCCAUCCUGGGAUGAAGCAGGUGGUCAUACGCAACAUCGAGCAGGACGUCAUAUUUCGGCCCGGACAGCAAAUCCGCGCCAAAUACUACGCCAUAAACACUCUAAAUCAAACCAUACUGAGCGCCAAAGAACCGCAGACGGCGGACUCUCUUCUCAAUAUCUACUUCGGUCUUUUCGUCUCUUUGCUCAAGAACGGAGAGCUCAGCCAGCAGGAUAUGGACCCCGAACCUUCUAAGGGAGACAGGCACAGACGCGGCUUGAAGAGCAAGGCGUCGAAGAAGCCUAUCGACAAGGAUACCGCCAAUUCGCCCGAGCGUGAGUCUGCGGAAAAGCUCGUGUCAGCAAUCCUCACCGGUGUAAAUCGGGCUGUGCCGUUCUCUCAAACAGAGCAGUCGACACUCGAGUCUCAUCUUGAUACAUUGUUCCGCAUCACGCAUUCGUCCAAUUUCAAUACCAGCAUCCAGGCUCUCAUGCUCAUCCAGCAACUUGCAGUCAACCGACAUCUCGCCACGGACAGGUUCUACCGCACCCUUUACGAAUCUCUACUCGACCCGCGCGUUCUCACCUCAUCUAAGCAAGCCUUGUAUAUCAAUCUCCUGUACAAGAGCCUGAAGUCUGACGUAGAUGUUCGUCGCGUAAAGGCAUUCGUCAAGAGAAUGCUCCAGGUCCUGAAUUUGCACCAACCGUCGUUCGUCUGCGGUAUUCUUUAUCUCAUAAUCGACCUCACCGCAACGUUCCCGGACCUGAAAACGCUGACGAACGAGCCGGAGGAACAAGACGAGGACGAGGUCGCGCCGGCUCCAGCUUCGGAUGCGCCGGCGGAGGAUAAGACUGACGGACUCGGACCCCAGUUUACGAAGAGUGCGAACGCGUACGAUGGGCGGAAGAGGGACCCAGAGUACAGCAACGCGCAUCGCAGCUGUCUGUGGGAGCUGCUGCCAUUCCUCAAACAUUUUCACCCCUCGGUGGGCAUCUACGCGUCAAAUCUACUAAACGGGCAGAAAGCCGCCCAGAAACCGGAGCUAGCCAGCCACACGCUUAUCGCGUUCCUAGACAAGUUCGUCUACCGCAACGCCAAGGCCGGCGACGCAGCGAAGGGCGUAUCGAUCAUGCAGCCGGCCGCGGCCGGCGGCCAGGGCGACAUCCUCCUGUCGAGCCGGGCAUCGACGAAGACGGCGGGACCGUCGCUGAACUCGGCGGAGUUCUGGAACAAGAAGAGUGGGGAUGUGGCCGCCGAGGACGUCUUCUUCCACGAGUACUUCACGCGGGUGGGCAAGUCGGAGCAGGCGGAGCGCAAGAAGAAGCUCGAGGCGGGCAAGAAGGCGGCCGCGGACGGCGCAGAAGGAGAGGGGGAGGGGUUGGGGGAGGUGGGAGAGGACGAGAUCUGGGACGCGCUCGUGUUGUCGCGCCCGGAGGUGGGAGGGGAGUCGGACAGCGACGACGCCGACUUCGACGACCUCAUGGGGCUCGACGACUCGGAGGAGGACGAGCGCGCGGCGAUGGCGGAGGACGGGGAAGAAUCGGAAGACGACGGGGGCGUCGAGUUCUGGGACGACUCCCAGGAGGAGGAGGACGACGACGACGACGGAGAGCCGGCGGACGAGGGGGCGGGGGAGCAGGAGAAAAAGAAACCCUUAUCAGAGCGCAGCGCCCGCAGGAAGGCUCUCAAGAACCUGCCGACCUUCGCGUCCGUCGACGACUACGCGGAGUUGCUGGCGCAGGAGGAGGAGGACUAG